GUGUGACGUCAAGUUUUCUAGCAAGACGCAGCACGGCCGUCCCUACAUAAACCAACAGCCCAACCCCGUCAAGCGACCUGUACUCACUUCUGAUAACGACAACGACAAGCUCGCUGCGUGGCACGACGACCGAAAUCACAAACAUGAUUUUGAACGCCCUUCGUGGAUCUCUGCGCACCACAGCACCUUCUCUGCUCCGCCGCAACAUCACAACCUCGACUCUGAAGAGCCCGCUCCUUGCUGCUAAACCGACACCACUGCUCCGGAGUGCGACCCCCAUCUUCUUUAACCCGACCCAGUUCGCUAUCCGUGGCGCUGCCAGCCAUGUGUCCGGACGUCCCGGGUCGCAAACUAUCGAGCACGCGGCAGAGAAUAUUCGUGAGGAAGUUGGCAACUCUGCCGCUGACCUUGCGCGCACUAUCGCUGGAGGCAACUACUUCGACGACUCUGUCAAGCCUCCUUCGAAAGAUACUUUCCUUGGCAUCACAAAUGCCGUCGCCCAUGCUGUUCCACAACCCUACGUUGUUGUCGGUCUCGCAGGCUCCCUCCCUUACCUCGGCUCUACUCUUACAACCAUCUACCUUGCCCGUCAGGCCGGGGAGGCUGCAACCGCUGCUAUCACUUCCAUUGAUCCCGGUGUAGCCAUCACCGUUCUUCAUCAAGCGCUAAGCAUUCAGACCACCUACGGUGCUGUCCUUCUCUCUUUCCUCGGUGCUCUCCAUUGGGGUUUCGAGUUUGCGGGUUAUGGUGGUCAAAAGGGAUAUAGCCGACUCUUCCUGGGUGCAGCUCCCGUUGCGUACGGUUGGAGCACCCUUGCCCUGGACCCUAUGAGCGCGUUGAUCGCGCAAUGGGUUGGCUUCACUGGUCUCUGGUAUGCAGACCUUAAGGCAACGGGCGCCGGCUGGACUCCCAAGUGGUAUUCUCAGUACCGUUUCUACCUCUCAAUCCUUGUCGGUACUUGUAUCAUCGGCACACUGGCCGCAACUUCAUACUGGGGUCCAGUUGGUGGCCACGGCUUUGUGAGCCACGACUUGAAGAUGAUUCGCGACGAGCGUAAGUCGAUGCAUCCUGACAAUCGCGGUCUUAUCCCUGGAAACAUUGAGGCUGUUCCCGCUCCAGCGGAGGCAGACAAUUACGUGAUCGUGAAGAAGAAGGACGCUGGGAAGGGAGAGGGCGAAAACAAACAGCAGUAAGCCGUGUAUGCAUGGAACGGAUGUAAAGUAAAAGUCAGCAUGGGACUCUUGUACAUAUGAGUUGUAAUUCUAGUCUUACUUCCUGUGUACGUAUCCAUCGCAACAAUAAUUUUUCUUCAUGUUGUCGCUACAA